AUGAAGAGUCUGAUUCUGAUAGAGCUUUUCACAUUUUUUCUAGUUUCUGAAACAUAUGAGGUAAUUCUAAAGAUAUGAAUGACAAUUAAUAAAAAAAUUGUUUUUUCUAGUUUUCCCCAAGCUCCAAUUCUUCUUUAAUCGCCCGAGUUCGUUCAAAACGUCAAUGUUGUGCUAUGUGUCCUGCUGGAAAUUGUGGUUGCGGAUCUUGCACAGGGUAUACGGUAUGAAAACAAAACGCUUCUUGGUUUUUAAUUAAAAUUUGAUUUUGUCUAUAGGGUAUCACUUGUCCUGAAAAAUGUCAACCAAUGUGCACUAAAGUUUGCGUCAUGUCACAGGUAAAUUUCUUAAUGUCAGAUUCUUUUUCCCUUUAUUUUUUAGAUUGUUGUUCAACCAAGUUGCUCUCAAAGUUGUAUGCCACUUUGCCUACCAGCUUGCAUUAAUUCAAUGCCAGUAGGUCUUUUAAAUUCAUAUUUUCCCACGAUUCCCCUUUUUCCCCGAACAAAAACCACGGAUCAAAAACCAUAGGGACCAACUGAAUGUGCAUCUCAAUGUAUGCCAUCUUGUUCAUCUUCCUGUAUUCAAAACGUGAUUCCAACUUGCCCCCAACAAUGUCAACCAGUUUGCACACAACAGUGUAUUCAAUCACUUCAAGUCGCAAUCCGACCAACGUGUGCGCCAUCUUGUAUGCCAACUUGUUCACCAACGUGUAUUCAGGAAUAUCAAGUUAGCAUUAAACAAGAGAGUUGUGUAUCAGCUUGUAUGCCAAGUUGCUCAUCACAGUGUAUUCAAGCGGUUACGUGUAGUACCUGUACUAAUAAUUGUCCAUCAAGUUGCAGGUUAGUCAGAAUUUCAGAGAAACAAAUUUCAGAAUAUUGAAAUUUAGAAAAACUUUUUCAGGAUGUUCAGUAUUGUGAAAAAUAACCAAAAGCUGGAAUUAUGAAUUUGAAAAAAGGGGUAUUUUUUCUGAAAUCUGAUUGGAAAAUUCCAAAAGUAAAAGUUAUGACUAACAAAAAUAGAGAUUUUUAUUUAAAAUUUAGGAAUUACAAAACAAUGUUCCAGAUAAAGAAUCAUAUUUUGGGCUUUUCUUCCAACUUUAACUUACAAAGAAAACAUCAGACAAACUUUUUCACUUUUCAAAAUUCACAUCAUUUCAGCCAAGCCAACUGUAUCAACGCUUGUAUGCCACGAUGUCUUCCAUCCUGUAUUCAGCAAGUUCAAACCGUCCAAAUCGCUGUCCCAACACCUAGAUGUGAUUCAGCAUGUAUGCCAAGUUGUCAACCAAGUUGUGUUCAACAAUAUGCCGUGUGUCCCCAACAAUGUCGACCAAUGUGCACAAAUGCGUGUGUUUCUCAAAAACAACACGUCGCUCGACCAAUUUCCACGUGCCUUCCCUCGUGUAUGCCAAGCUGUACACCAUCUUGUAUUCAAGCAAUGUGUCCACAACAAUGUUUCCCAAGUUGUGAAGUGAAUUGUGUUCAACAGUGAGUUCUGGGGGAAAAAUUAGAGCUGAUUUUUUGUUUUUUUUUCUGAAUAGGUAUUCGGUUCAAUUGGCUCCAACCCCCUGUGCAGCUCAAUGUAUGCCAACUUGUGAAAGUACUUGUUUAGCCAGGGUGAGUUUUUUUUUGGAUUUUCGUAUUAUAACUGUUCUUUUCAGCUCUCUUGUGUGAAAAAUUGUAUGCCAGCUUGUAGUCCAACAUGUGUCCAAACCUUUGCUCCAGCUCCAAUUCAAUGUGCUCAAGCUUGUAUGCCACUUUGCCAACCAACAUGUGUUCAACAACGUGAGUCAUAAAUUUGAUAAUGUGGUUUGAUGUGUUAGAUUUUCAGGUAGAUAUCGGUGUGGUUCUUCUUGCAUGAGAAAUUUUUUGAAUAGCAAUUAACGUGUUUUUUUUCCUUGAUGACUUGUCGUGCUUUAACUUUAUUUAAUACGUGUGAACUUCAAUUAAUAAACUGGUAUAAUAUUUAUUUUAUUUUGUGGGUUUUGUUCUAGAUGCUGAAGUUGUUGUUGCUUGCGGGGUUCCAUGCAAUUGUCAACCUGGAUAUGUACAAUGCUCACAAAAUUUAUGUUGCUUAAAGUAGGAAUUCUUUCUGAUUGUGAAACUUUUUUUUGAUCUAAAAAUAUUGAAUUUCAGAUAUAAAAACAUGGCGGCAAAAUUCCGAAAACUAGGAAAUAACAAUGGAAAUAACAACAAUAACAAUAUGAACAAUGAAGACGAGGAUGAAGGUGGAAACGAUGGUGAAAGUUUUGCCGAUCCUAUGAAUGAUUCAGUUGACUACACUUCCGAUAACUCUACUGACACUACGGUGAGCUUUAUUUGUGUGUUCUCGAAAAAGAAUUUUUUUUUUAUUUUUCAGAAAACGGUUAGCAAAACGGUCGAACUUCUUCGAAAAGUUCCAUAUGAUGCGGAUACUUACAAAAAAGUCUAG